GGCCGGUCUCGACUGGGAGGUGGGUCAGGCCCCCGAGGCGCUGCCGCAGUUGGGAGAUCGCACGAGGUUCCUCUAGCAACGGGCUUCCGUCUCGGCCAUGCACAUAACCCAGCUCAAUCGAGAGUGUCUGUUACACCUCUUCUCCUUUUUGGACAAAGACAGCAGGAGGAAUUUAGCCAAGACAUGCUCCCACCUGCGAGAUGUGUUUCUGGAUCCUUUACUCUGGCCCCUGUUGAAUUUUAAUUCCUUAAUCGAGCUGAAGAAGGAUAACUUUCUCUUGGGCCCGGCGCUGAGGUAUCUGUCUAUCCGCUGGCAUUCGAGCAGAGUCAAGGUGUGCAACAUCGAAGACUGGCUGAAAAACACGUUCCAGAGAGACAUCUGCAGCAAGCACGAGAACCUGGUCAACGACUUUCUGCUUCAAGUCUGCCACAGGUGUCCCAACCUCCUUUCGCUGACGCUCUCGGGCUGUGGCCACGUGACGGAUGACUGCAUCACUCUGCUGCUGAGGAGCUGCCCCUACCUCCGGACCCUCAGCCUGGAGAACUGCGUGCGGAUCACCAACCAGACCCUGGCCGCCGUCACCCUCUACGGGGGCUCCCUGCAGACGCUCAACGUGGACUUCUGCCGGAACGUGAGCCAGGCGGGGCUGAAGCAGGUGCGGGAGAAGUGUCCCCUGGUGGCCCUGAGAGCCGAGAGGAGCGCCGCCAUGAUCCCAGACACUCAACCUGGGCAGAAGCUGACUCCGGACCGGCCGGGGAGAAAGCACAGCCAGCGCUAACCCGCCUGGAAUGCCGUUCCCAGGGUGUCUCCUCCUUGCCGUCCUUAAAAAUGUCAAAUCACUUUGUUUCCAGAAUGUCCCGGCUGGAGCAGUUCUGUCUUCCCUCCAGAUGCUCAAAACAAUCGCUGCCUCCGAGGAGCAGGGAAUGAGCGGGGAGAAUGGCCAACUUCCACUUUGAUUGGAUGCGAGGAUCCUCCUUACCUUGUACUGCCUUCUCUAUCUGAAGUCCAGAUUGUCCCCGCUCGAAGUGCAUGUUUUCGAUUCAUGCUGAGGACGAUCCUCCAUGAGGAUGAUGGGAGAAAGGCUUGAAUAGGCUGAUAAAAGAUUUUGGUUGUGGUUGCCUAGGACUCUUUGGUAAAACAGAGCCAUUGUUUUCCUUAGGAAA